AUGGCUAACACAAAUCAGAGUUUUAUAUCAUCAAAUGUAUUCGAUACAUCGCCCACUAAUGAAAACACAGGACAAAAGCCACUUGUUGUUAACCAUCAAAUACUUGAUUGCAAUUCUGUAGCUUCAUUUAGCUACGAAUCAGCAUCAAGUUCCAGCUCAAGACAAUCGCGAGCUCGACAUGUACGCGAAUAUGAAUCAUCGUAUCCUUCUCUUUCCCUUUAUCGGUCGUCUUUAUCACCAUCGCCAUUUCGUAAAACUCACUAUUUGGAUGAUUCUGAUGAAGAGAUUUUUCGAGAAGAAAUUCUGGAAAUUACUGAACUUGAUCAUUAUCCGACGUUGAUGGAACGUUGGGGUCCUGAUACUAAGACUAAGACUUGGCAUGAAAAUGAUUUGAAAAUUGAGGAGGUCGUCGAAUUCCAAGAAGUCGAGCCAACUGUUACCGAAGAUAUCAUUUAUGAGUUAACCUAUGUAGGUGAAGAUCUUAAGUCGUGUCGGCCACUAUCUCGAUCUAGAUCGGAAUCAAGAAAUUUUCGAAAAAUUCGUACGAAGAGAACUAAACGUAAACGGCAAGCUGACGAUGGAUCAUCAUCUAUGACAGAUCUUGACUAUGAGACUGCAUCAACAAUGAGCUCGCGUGAUACUAGUAGUUCACGAUCACUUUUAGACUAUGAUCAGAGCUACCCUUCCGAAGAAUCCAAAACAUCGAGACAAAGUCUGUUGUUUACUUCGAGUAAUCCUGACUCGUUGAACGCACAAUACGACAAUACUUCAUUGAGUAUCUAUCGACCAAAUGGAUCUACGACUGGUCAGAAUGAGAAUUCAAAUGUUAUCAGUGACAAAUGGGCGAAAGAGUCGAAUGUAUCGUGCAAACAAACAUCUAUCCCAGUCUGUUCAGUAAUAAAUCAAUGGUUUAGUUCAGACGAUGAUACAAGCGAUCAAAUAGCACACGAGGCAUUUAAUGAAAUACCUGGAAUUCUCUACCGAGUGGAAUCACCAACAAUAAAUAGCUAUUAUGAUACAGUAUCCGACGAAGAUGAUGACGACACACUGUGCGAAUCAGGUUCAAUCAAACCUAUGAAUAAUGAAAAUGACGAACUUACAAGGAAUAAACUCAAUCAGUGCCCCAAUGAGUUGACAUUUGAAAGUAUGACUGAUCAACCUGUCAACAAUGAUGCAUCAUGCAUUUUACGAGGUCAAUCAAUUGAUAAAUCCUCUACUCUAUUCGAUGGCAAACUUAUUGAGAAAAAAUUCGAAUCCCCUUAUAAUCAAUCAGGUUUCAACAUUGAUAAUAAUCAAAAGCAGCUAUUAUCAAUCGAUAUAUACACUAUCUAUUUGAAUACUUUUCCAUGCGACAAAGAGUGGAACUUUCAAGGCAGAUAUAUUAAAUCGACACCAGAUCAAUAUCAAUCAUCAAAUGCAAGCCAAGAUAUUUUUUUACAAUCGGCCGAAUUAACAGAAAUCAGUGCCGACAUGACUGAUAUUGAUGAUAUCAUCUCCGGUAUUGGUACAUCGGAUAAAACAUCGCUAGUCAUGAAAGAAAAUAAAAAAUCUAUAGAAGAAGAGAGCAAUUACGAACAAGAUCUUGAAGAAAGUCAACGUAAUACACCAAUGCUAUCUUUGACUUCACUAGCUGCCAAACAAAAUGUCGCCAAUACUACAGCAUCAUCAGCUAUGAUCACUCAUGCAGAACAGAAAUAUGAUGAAGUUCAAGAAGAAACAGCUACCAGCGCUUCUCAGAAAUCAUUGCCAUCGAACAGCAAUACAACCAACGAAAAUCGUCCAUCUUUCAAGAAAAAACUUCCAAAUCUCGCUUCCGAAGCGAAAAUAAACCGUGUUACCAUAGUAUCAAAUUCACUAGGCCAAAUUCUAGAAAUUACUAAACAGGAAAAUGACGAAGAUAACGAAGAAAGUCAAAAAGUUCCCUUUCAUAAACAUGCAUGCUCAUUAGACACAGACAAACAGAUGCCAUCGAUGGAUAUUAUCACAAAGAAACACCUUAACGAGUCUGACGAUAAUUCUCAACCUGUGAGAAUCUGCUCGUCAUACUCAGUAUUGCCAUUUUUAUCUAUCACGCAGUUGAAUAAUGAUUGUGAACUGCAGAAACGAUCGAAAUCUUCCGAUGCCGUAUUCUCAUUGUUUUCGAACGAUGCUAAUCACAUUAUCCCCUUCAGUAGUAUGAACCAAAAAGACGCAUUUGUUUAUUCUCAACCAACAACUUCAUUGGCCCAAUUCGAAGAAAAUGCAGAAUCACACCAAAUAACUGUUAGAAAGCAGCUACAAUUCAAUCUGGCCACAACGUCAACAGAAAAACCGAAAACAGAUGAUCCGGAGUUGCUCCCAUCAGGGCUGUCAUCGUUUGCCACGCCAUUGUCUUCGUCACAAGUGGAUUUUGAUAUUGGUUUUUGCUCUCAACUUUACAUUGACCAUAACCCCAUAAAAUUAUUACAACAAGAGAAGUUGGCUUGCAUGGGAGAAGACGUCGAACAAUCAUCUAAAGUUGCAAAUUUUACAUACAACAUAUCAAUAUGCUUUGCUGCUCUCGUCACUCAUUUUCUAUGGGUUCCCACCAACGAGAGCAGCUUGAUACUGCAAAUCACGCAAAAUAGACGACCUUCUAUGAAAGCGUUUGAAUCGAGCUUUGAAAUCAAAAUAGAAUCUCUAAAUGAGCCGGACGUUCAUCAAGAUGAGAAUCAACAAGAGAUUGCGUGCAUUGAUAAGACCAAAGGUCAAAAUGAAGAGCAUAUUAUACCAAUGCAAACUGAGAAAAUUAUAGAAGUUAAUCAAGAGAUCGACUGUGAGAAAACAUCGGAUAGCAAUGUGUCAAUAAAACAAGAAGAUGUUACGCUAUCAUCCGUGACAACAUCGCCAUCAAAAUGGCUUUCGGACCAAGCCCAACAUCAAUUGGAAUCGGUAGAAGAAGUUGAAUCAGUGAUCAGUGAGUCUUCAUGUGUCGUCGAUGUUGUUCCAUUGAAACGAUCAACGGUAGGAAUUGACUUCGAAGAACCAAUGAUACAAAUUGAAACUAAUGACUAUAAGAAGAUAUUGAAAGAAAAUCAAACAGCAGAAUGUGUGGAAACGGAUACUCGUACGCCGGAGACCGGCAUCAAUAUUUCGAGCUCUUCAGAAGAAAGCCUUUCCACCAGCGCUGCCAUAGAAGUAGAAUAUUUUUCAGAAAUCGACGAAACUUCCGAUGAACAUUCAACAUCAUCCAGUGAACUAGUUAAUACUGGUACGGACAAAAUUGAUUAUGUAUCUCUGCAGGAACUGCAAAAAAGUAUAGUAAGCGAUGACAACUCGACCGAACAGACUACUACCACUAACGAAAACGGUGAAGCUACUCGUACUACUGAUCGAUAUUGGAGCGAUGAACAAAAUGAAAUAUUUGAGAAUCAGCUCGACGACAUUUACGAAAAUGCUAACAGCGUGUUCGAAAGCGAUCAAGUGCGAACUGAUUUAUCAACAGAAAUUGAAAAUAAAGCGUCAAUCAAUGUCAACGAAGGACCCUCAUUGUUUGUCAGUGCUCGUGAUCAAUUUACAUCUGCCGCUGUUAGCGUGAUCCAACCCUUCGCUAGUGUUCUCACAACAGUGAACCCAACAGUUGAACAUCAACGAGAAGGAGUUCCCAGUAAUGAAUCGAUCGGUGAUGACUGUCAUGAAAAUGACAAAUGUGAACAGCAAGUCCAAUCCGUGAAUGAAAAAGAAGACGAUGUGAAUAGUACAACUAGGGAAUCGAUUUUCAAUAUGGACAACAACGAAUUGGUGGAUCUCAAACCAUCUAAUAAUCAAAUAGAAACUUCAAUCGAAAGGGACCUACAGUGUUCGAUACCAGAUUUCCAUUCGAUUCCACCCAAUCAACAUGAAAACACAAAACAGGAUUAUGGACAAAGUAUUAGUAUAUCUAUUGCGGGAAAAGCGAAUGACAAUGUUCUCAUGCGUGGAUCCCAUUGUUGGCUACACGAUGGCAAGAAUACUAUAGAGCGGCAAAGUCUCACACUCAUCGACAAAACUGACCAUGAUGAACCUAUCGUUUAUGACUUUACAUCAACCAUGCAGAGUCUCGUCAUUCGACCAGUCGACAGUGACGAAGAUGAAGAAGAUGAAGAAGAAAUUUCUAGAAAAUCGCCAAUAAAGAAAACGAUUUCAAUUGAUGAACAAACUGUCCCAGAACUUUUUUAUACAACAUGUUCAUGUGCUACCAAUCAUUCGCUAUCAUUUUCCGCACAGUUUCGCAUCAAUACCCAGGCGCCUUCUGAUUCAUCCGAUACCGAUGAGUUUGAUGCUUGA